GGGGAGAGAGGUGUGAUUCCGACGACCGGGGUCAGCUCCCGAGGCGCACGUCGCGUGUAUAGCGCGCUCAUGCAUUGGUCGUAUCUCUCGGUCCCGACGGUUUUUUUUCAUCGAUCUCCUCCCCUUGACCAAAGACAGGUUAACCUUGUCCGCGCUGCUUCAUCUUCAUUGCGACUAGUGAGAAUUUCCCAGUCUGAUGAGAUCCCACCCUCCGGCCACAAGUCGUAAACCGCGUCGAGUCUCUCGCGAACCUCCACCCAGCCGUGCCUCUCCUGGUGGUGAACUCGCCGGACCCCCGUGCCAGACCGGACGAGAUGUGCGGGCAGACGUACGUGCACCCGCCGCCGAAAUGCGCGACGGAUUGCAACGCUGUCAUCACUCUGAUUUGUCUCGAUGGCGCGCAGUCGACGACGCUCCUACUCCCGAACAAGCUUGCAGGGCGAUCACCAUGACAGUCUUCGCCGGCGUGGCGCCAUCUCAUCAUUCAUUCCAGGUCGUGGGAGGGAGGAAAAAGAGUCUCUCGUCAAUCACUCGCUCACACGCACACGCGCAUCCACCGCAGACACACACACACACACGCACAUGCAGUCACUCACUCACUCGUCUUUUCUCACUCACACCUCACACCUCACACCUCACUCACUCACUCGCACCCACACACUCCUUCGCGCACAUCUCACUCACACUCCCCCAGGAAAGUCACUCUCGUGCUUUAGCGCUGGUCUGUCUUCGUGCAUGUCAUGGGUACACACCAUUGUUCUGAUUGAUCCAUUGCAUUCACCUCCACCAUUACCAACUACUUCGUCCUUUUGUUCUUCGGUCAUUCUUCCACACUCAUUACUUCUAUAGAAGAAGGCAUCUCCUUCUC